GUUUGAAGACAUCUGGAACGUAGAGUUUUAAAUAAUCCCAUUGGAACGUAAAGCUACGCCGAAGUCGCGUCGUUCUGAGCGGUUUUCGACUCGAACUGAAACGCUUUGGAAAAAAAACUAUUGUGUUCUGCGUGGACGUUUGUUGCUGUCUCGCCCCAUUCCGCCUAAUCGCAGCAGAUGGAGGGUUGCUGAGAGCCGGGGAGUGAGAUCAGCAUCUUUUCACUCGUCGAGGCAGCAUCCGAACAGCUGCAGCUGCUCGCUCCCUCUCUCCCGAUCACUCUCUCCAGAUCACUCUCUCCCGUACAGCAGGAAAGAACGGAACGGAACACUAUUUUACAGCAAGGACCUUGCCUUAUUCGGUAGAUUCAACGAAUUUUAUGAUUUGCAACCUAGACUUAAAUUCUAUUUGCUCAUGGUUGUAACCUCGAUGAUGGUCUUGCUAUCGGCGCCAAGGGGAGAUGUAAACUGAUUCGUUGGAGGUGGGUUGUAGCCGUAGCAGCGCUGUGCUGACUGACAAAGCGACAGACCGAGAGCGCGAGGAGAGGAGAGCAGAGGAGCUGUCCAUAGGCUGGUGGUGCUGAUGCGGUGGCUCUGAGAAAAGCAGAGAAACCGAGCAUGGCUGCAGGGAAGUUACUGCUCUACGCCGGCCUGUCCCUCUCUCUGUGCGCCCUAGGAAUGCUAGCAGUGGCGAUCUGUUCCGACCACUGGUACGAGACUGACGCGCGGAGGUAUCGGGAGCGCUGUCGGAGCUUCUCCAGCCGUAAGAACCCAGGCUUUAUCUACAUCCCCAACAACAGCCUCCCUCUGCGGGCUAGCCGCUCCAGACUGGACCGCUGGGAGGACAAGCUGCUCCUAGCCCGGAACAGAAGGCAGCUGUUCGCUAUGUCCGCCGCGGACGAGUGUAGCAGGCAGUACAACUCCACCAACAUGGGACUGUGGAGCAAAUGCCACCGACUGGGCUUCGACCAGGACACAGAAGACCUCAUUCGCAAAGAUCACCUCAAGCACGGGAGUCUCAGUAGCAGCAGGCUGUGGAGGGUUGGCUCGCCCUCACAGGGUGUCCAAUUUAACUCCCCCAGUGGAGCCAUGGGUUCCCCAGGGAGCAUGGUAAUCCAAUCCCAGGCUUUCCUUAGGCCUCAGGUGGGAGGCUCUGGGGUAGACUGA